AUGUUCGGCAACCAUUUCUGUCUGCUGUCUGUGCUACUCUCAUGCUUCGUUGACUUUAUUCAUACAGCGGUUACUGGCCGUGUUACUUUGGAUUUAUUGAGUAAGAAUAACAGUGACGAAGGUACCACCAGUGCUCCAAACAGUGGAGAUCAACACAAUUCUAAUCUUUCUGCAGAAGAAGAGAAACUAGCCGGGAACCAAGCAAAAACAAAAUUUUUUUCUCGCCAAAUGUUAUUUGAAAACUCGACAGAUGGUAAAAAGACCAGGGACUUGCCAAAAAAGCCGUUGUUGAAUAGGCCUAUAGGUGGUGCACCAGCCGUAACUAAAAGUAGAACUGACAACCUUUUGGAGCGAUCGCUAGCAAGUUUAGGUGUUCAAGAAAUUGCCGGCCUAAGUAUUGGAACAUUUAGAGUGUUCCCAAUCAUCUCUGUUUAUGUUUGGGCACUGAAUCGAACACUUUGCAUGAAUUUAUGGAUCCAUUUUAAACCUAUCGGUAUCAAUGUUCCCGGUCCCGGGUGCUAUAUUUUCGUAAUAGAUGAGAAUGGUGAAGAUAUUUGGAUUAAAAUUAAAAAACCGCCAGCGGUACCAGCGCUAGCUUCUUAA